CUUUCUGAUUGGCUGAGAAAUGAUCGCGAGCCGCAGUACUAAAUGGUAAUCAUCCUCUUUUUGCAUCCUGCACAACCUGAAGUAACAUCUGGAUCGUUUUAACAUCAGAGAAACUGUCUCCAGCUGUCCUUGCGUUGGCUCCAGUUGUCAGAGGAAUAACUAAACUCAGAUGGGUCAGGCACUGUGGAGGCUUCCUCCCAGACAACAGCAACAGCUUCAGGAAGAGCUAGCAGACCGACUGGCUGAUCGAGGAGGAGGAAGACGAGAGCAAGGGAGAGCUGGAGGAACCCAAAGAAGAGGUCCCCAGAGCUGUUACAGUCCAGACAUCUACCAUCUGCUGAGAACUCGCAAAGGAGGCAAAGAGCAGCAUGGCUUUAUAGAUUUGGAGAUGCUUCCACCAGAAUUAGGCAUCACUAUAUUGUCUUACUUGAAUGCUACGGACCUGUGCCUGGCCGGCUGUGUGUGGCAGGAACUUGGAAAUGACGAAUAUCUGUGGCAGGGACUGUGUAAGUCAACUUGGGGUCACUGCUCCAUCUACAACAGAAGACUACCGGCUGGUUUCUCCUAUCGGAGACUUUACCUGCAGCUGGAUGAAGGCAGCCUAACAUUCAACGCUAACCCUCAGGAGGGUAUCAGUUAUUUCAUGUCUAAAGGAAUACUCGUGGACCAUCCCACUGAGCUUGCCAAGUUCAUCUUCUACACCAGACGGCUCAACUGGAAGAUGUUAAGGAUUUACCUGGAUGAAAGGCGUGAUGUGCUGGAUGAGUUAGUGACCCUCCAUAACUUCAGCAACCAGUUCCUGCCCAAUGCUCUGCGGGACUUCUUUAGACACAUCCAUGCACCAGAGGAAAGAGGAGAAUAUCUAGAAACCCUGAUCACAAAGUUCAGCCACAGAUUUUGUACCUGCAACCCAGGCCUUGUUCGAGAACUGGGCCUCAGUCCUGACGCUGUGUACGUGCUGUGCUACAGUCUGAUCCUGCUGUCAAUCGAUCUCACCAGUCCUCACGUCAAAAACAAAAUGUCCAAGAGGGAGUUUAUCCGGAACACUCGCCGAGCAACCCACAAUGUCUCUGAUGACUUUGUGGGUCAUCUCUAUGACAACAUAUACCUGAUAGGACACGUGGCUGCGUAGGUCACCUGGCGUGCUGCACUGGGUGUGCUGCAGAAUUCCUUAAUCUGCACUGAACAAGUGGAAAUGGUUUUCUUAACACACCUGGAAUGUAUCGAACAUUGUGGAGAACUGAUUUUAAUUUUUUCUGAUCUUGUAUUUAAAGGUAUAUUACAGCCAGAAUAACAUGAGUAUUGAAAUCAGUAGAAGCUCAAAUUUACCACUGCACUGCGAGAGCUGGUGUGUCUCUCACACACGGUAACGUUCCGCGGUUUUAAUCGAAGGUGUGAAACAAGGCAUUUGAAAUGUCCAUAGGACCAAACCGCUACAAUGAAGGAGGCUUUAAAGUGGAGCGGGUCAGAACCCGAAGAUGAACUCUGAUGCUGCACUGACAGAUGAGGACUGCUGGUUGGUGGAGGGAGCUGAAGCACUGCCUGGCCUGUCACAGGUGUGAGACCACGAUGCUCUGAAGCUGCUGCUUUUUAUUCACUCAAAAACUGAUCCGCUUGAGUCCAGAUCCUUUGUGGGGCUGCUAGCUGAUAGUGGCAGUGAGGUGUGUGUCCAUCUGACAUCUUUUUUUUUGUUUUGUAUUUGUUUGCUGUAACAGCUGACAACAUGAGCAGCAUAGGUGGGCACAGCUAACUUUACAGUUAGCUUCAGUACUCACUAAUCUGCUCACUGGAACGGUAACUGUAAUAAUGCUAAACUGCUAAAGCAUUUAGCUGAAGCUACCAUUAACUCAACUUUUAUGAUACAAAUUUAGCUUCAGCUUUUUUUUUUCUGCUCUAAAACCAUAAAAAGUAAACCUAAAGAGCUCAAAUGUUAGUAUGUUGUAGUGUAAACAUGGAGGUUCUCAAAAAAAGGGUUAGCAUGCCAAGAUAGGCAAUGAUCAAGA